UCAUCAAUAUGAAAGUCUCUCAAUGCUGUCACUGUCACUUUUAGUUAGUGAAGAAUGAUUAGCGAUUUUAAUUAAUUUAUAUUUUCACCUAAAACGAAAUAAUGGCAUCGAACGAGAAGAAAGCGCAGCAACUGAUUGCCGAAGCAGAGAAGAAACUAUCGGCUUCGAAAGGUUUUUUUAGUUCCUUGUUUGGGGGUUCCGCUAAGGUUGAAGAUGCCGUCGAGUGUUACCAAAGAGCUGCGAAUCUGUUCAAAAUGGCCAAGAAUUGGGGACAGGCGGGCAGUGCUUUUUGUGAGGCUGCCAAUCUACAUUCAAAAGCUGGUUCUCGUCACGAUGCAGCAACCAACUACGUCGAUGCUGCGAAUUGCUAUAAAAAAUCCGAUAUCAACGAAGCUGUAAAUUGUUUACUGAAAGCGAUAGAAAUCUAUACGGACAUGGGACGCUUUACGUUGGCCGCUAAGCACCACCAAACCAUAGCAGAAAUGUAUGAAACCGAUGCUGUGGAUUUGGAACGUUCCGUUCAGCAUUAUGAACAAGCUGCUGAUUAUUUUCGGGGGGAGGAAAGCAACUCGUCAGCGAAUAAAUGUUUACUCAAGGUUGCUCAAUAUGCGGCACAAUUAGAAAACUACCCAAAAGCAAUCGGAAUAUAUGAGCAAGUGGCGUCCUCGUCAUUAGAAAGUUCUUUACUGAAGUACAGUGCUAAAGAGUAUUUAUUCCGUGCUGCAUUGUGCCACUUAUGUGUCGAUUUAUUAAAUGCUCAGCAUGCGAUGGAACGAUACACGCAAAUGUACCCUGCAUUUCAAGAUUCUCGCGAAUAUAAAUUGUUACAAACGUUAAUUGAACAUUUAGAAGAACAAAAUGUCGACUCAUUUACAGAUGCGGUAAAAGAGUACGAUUCCAUCUCGCGUCUGGAUCAAUGGUACACUACGAUAUUGUUACGCAUUAAGAAACAGAUCAACGAAAGUCCCGACUUACGUUGAGUGUGUCUUAGCCGAUCAUUUCUUGCGCUAUACUUAUAUAGCACAUUUCUAGUUGCUAACAUGUUUUUGAAUAAUUAGGAAAAAUUCACUAGUACUGCGAGCGCGUCAAGUGCAAGCGUGGUAAUUAACUUUGCAUUGGUAUCAAGUUAUUGAGGAAACUGUGUUAGUUACCAGAGUUACUAGUAACAUUUUAUACUAUGUAUUGUGCACUUGUCUCUUGUAUCAUUCCACUGUAUACAUUGGAUGUAAAUAUAUAUAAAUUUAUCAAUGUUUUGCGUCAACAUUAGAAUGUAAUCUAUCAGCAUUACUGUUUUAUAUUAUCAAUGUUAAAGUCGCUUAUAGAGUAUAUUGCUCCCCGCAAGGUGACAUGUUGACAUUAUUAUAAGUUGAUUUUAUGAACGUUUUGUUAAUUCUUGUUAUUAUUUGGACUAACUUUUUGUAAACUAUCUAUAGUUUUAACUUUUUUUUGUUAGGCAACAUUCGAAAGUAUCCGGUUUUGUUUCUAAAACUGUUCAUAUAGAAUAAUCUACAAUUACACGCAUGAUUAAUGAUGAAUUUUUUAAAUUAGAAUUGUAGGAUGCUACAUCGAUAAUGUAAUAAACUUUCUCUUGCCAAA